AUGGAGCAAAUGGAGCGUCUUCAGGGCAUCAUCUUCGAGCCCGACACGAUUGAUAUGGCCGCUUACAACACGUACCUGGAUGGCCUAUUCUCGAGCGACGCAGGCAAGGCAGUACUCAAGUCAUGGACAAUCCGAUCGGUACUCUCGUCGGACUUGAUGAAUCAAUGGAAGCGCGCGACGCUGAAGGAGAUAGCUGCCAGCAGUAUUGUUCUCGAGGAACUGGCGAGCGUGUUGACGAUGCGUUUGGAUGACUUGGAGUCAUGGUCCUGGCCUGCAGACGGUAUCCUUUCUCUCGAAUACGUUGGCAUCAAGUGCGACUUUGAAUGGUUCGGCCCAUCACUCCCCCAUAACUCCAUGUUGGCUACCCUUGAAUACUUUGGCGUUUCCCAUUCAUGGUUGAAGUUCCUCAAAUCCUUCCACCGCGCGCCCAUCCAUUUCCCCCAAGACCCCACUAGCGUCGUUCGUUUGCUUGGCGAAGUCGUCCUUUUCGGUAUCGACUUUGCAGUCAACCAGCGCGCCAACGGACUAUACCUUUAUCGUCUCCACGACGAAGGCGUCACGCCGCACAUCAUUGAGUUGCAACGCCAUCUCGCCGCCACCAAGCCCAUCUUUGGAUGGGUCAAUUUGUUUGUCAAGCAUAUGGCAGUGAGGGACAGAGAACUGCAAGAAAACUGGGACUUGGGGCGAACAUCAAAGACGUUCCAGCAAGGCGCACCAGACGAGUUCUUGCCUUUCAAGGAGUAUGUUCAAUAUAGGGAGACGCUCCUCGAGCAUUGGCAGGAACUCUGGUUAGAGAUGCUGCGCGUUCCUGAUCCCCGCAAUAUCACCUUGCCUCCCGUCCUUCAAGCAUUGCAGACAACUCAUAGCAACGACUACUACACUCACUACGCCCUUGCCUGUACGGCGAAGAGUUGGUGCAGAUGUUCGGAAGCCUGGAGCUUGUCGACGCAAACUUGA